GCGGCCGCCUUAUGCGGCUGCGUCGUGAAAGUGGCGGCGGUGGCGGCGGCCACUGCAGCCCCUGAGGAGCUGCAGGAGCGCCGCGCGCGGUGCAUCGCCCUCGAGAAGGCCUACGUGCACGACGUGUACGAACAGCUGGCGCCUCGGCUCGCCAGGCCCCGACUGUGGCCGCGUGUCCACCAGUUCCUGCGCGAGCUCGAGCUGGGGAGCCUCGUCGCCGACGUCGGUUGCGGCAGUGGCCAGUACCUGGAGUCCGCGGGUCUCGGGGCGCUAGGCUGCGAGCGAAGUCAGGCGCUGGCGCGUGCCGCCGCCUCUUGCGGAGGACACCAGGUGGUGCUGGGCGACGCACUGGCGCUGCCGUUCCGCGACGAGGCGCUGGACGCGGCGCUGUCGGUGGCCGUGCUCCACCACCUGGCCUCAACCGAACGCCGGGUUCAGGCGCUCAGGGAGCUGGCACGAGUACUACGUGUCGGCGGCCGCGUGCUCAUCACCGUCUGGGCCAUGGAGCAGACGCAGAGGAAGUUUGAGUCUCAAGAUGUGCUCGUCCCCUACCGCCAGCCGACUAAGAGCAGCAGUGAAGACCGCGGCUCGUCAGUGGAACGCGAGAUGACAAGCACAACGACGAGCGAGGACGACCUGCUGGUGUACCAGUCGUACAAUCCGCCGGCCUCAGACAGCGAUACGGCGGCGCCGGCACGAUCGGGUCGCCGUCGCCGUGGCAGCGUCGACGGCUCCGACCUGUCGAGCCCCGGCGAGACGUGCUACAGCUUCAUGCGCCGCGCACUACGCAAGCUGUCCUCCAGCAACCACCGGUCGCGGCCAUACUUCUACAGCAGUUGCCGCGGGGGAUGGUUCUCGGACGCCGCCGCUUCCACUGACAGCAAAGUCACCUCGCCGCAGGGGGCAGAAAAAGAGCCGCAGCUCGACGCGAGUGCCGCUGCCGAGGCGCCUGAAGAGGAGGACGAAGAGGAGGACGGACUCAUCGAACUGCGUCACCUGGACGCAGAGUUGCCAGUCGAGGAGACUGCUGCUGCGCGGAGCAGGCCGCCUUCGGGCCUCGACGGCGGCGAGAGGUUCAUUCGGGGCCAUGGAAAGUCGCGCUCUCUAGGCGAUGUCCUCAGCAUCAUUCCCGCCAUGCUGCGAGCAAGGCGAAGAAAAGAUGGCUCGCACGAGUUCCAGAAGCGCAUCUCGACGGCCAGUGACCCACGCGAGUACCUGCAGAGGAUAGUAGAAGAGAGGAACGGCAUCGUGCGCUCCAAGUCGACGGCGUCCUGCUGCGCCAGGUUCGAGCAUCUCAAGGAGGACUACCAGAUGCCUACCAUGGUAGAAAGCCAGGAGUCGCCCGAAGAGACGGAGAAGAGUGAGAGGCAGGAUAACGGGGGCAAGCCGAGCCGCCGCGCCGGUGAAAACAUCGACUCCACUGCCAACGUGUCCAGCCAGCUCACCACGUCGGACAUAGCGAACGGAAACAGUAUCUUGAGCGACGAGCAGUUGUCGUCGAUUGUCAAAGAGCAGCUCGGGUACCUGCAGUCGCCGCCCACGGGUUUCAACGGAUGUCGAACAAAGAACUGGUUUAACUCAUUCAAUAACAACGCGAACCUGGAAAAGUGCCUCAUCAGCGCGACAUCGACGACUACUGUCCACGACUACAUAUCGGCCAAAGUUAGCAGGGCGGGCGCGGCGCAGCUCGCUCGAAAGCGAAUGCGCUUGUGCGGUCAGAGGCUACAAGAGAAAUCACUGCUCAAGAAUUUCUACAACCAGUGCUCCCUGGGCGAAGUUGAGAAUCGACGGUCCAGAGGUGACGAGGAGAAUCAGGACGCUCCCAUGUCGACUUACUAUUCCAUGCCAGAUCUUCACACCCUCUCAGAAGAAUCAGCCGAACUUUCAGAAGGAACUGCCGAGAAGUUGAGAGUUCCCCUCGUCAAGACGGAACACCAAGACCGUUCUAAAGACUCUUUCGAUUCUGACAUUUUUGUGGAGGACGAAGAAACUUGUCACGCGCUUCGAAAUAGACGCAGGGUAGUGAAGCGAAGCAUGAGCGUCGGUACGAACAAUGGAGCUGAACCGAGAAAACAGCACCGACGGUUCUCAGCCUCUUCGGCGUCGGCUUCGAUGUGUGCGUCUCCCACAACGCCCCGAAGCCGGAACGUCUCAGAAGACUCGGAAGAAUCGAUCAUUUCCGUGAGAUCACGAAAAUGCAGCAGCCUGCAAAGCGACACCAGUGUGGACAGUGAGGAGUCGAUCGUAUCAGUGAUACAACGAAGUAGCAGUGAGAUAGAAGCUAUCAUGCAACGGAAGGAACUUCAAAGGGCCACAUCAAACAGUCUCAGGGCUUCGCCACUCAGUAUUACUCUGGGAACACAAGAAGCGUCGUCGCCUGAGUUCUCACCGACAUUUAAAUCGGCGCCCAAGAACUCGCCGCCUCUCUUGGGUGUUUUUCCGCGACAGUACCUCGAGAAGUUCUCCGACUGCGAGGCCGUAGUCAUUCGAGACGUGAUAGGCGCCAUUGUAUCCUUCGCCCAGUGCACAGACGCCAUAUACGUGCAGCAGUGGGAAAACCUGGCCGACUCGCCGCAGCAGCCCGAGGCUGCAGAGUCGAUCGGCGAAAUCGAAGACAACGACAGUGAGUCUGGAGACACGGAAUCGUACAUGUCCAAUCCCGACUGCACAGCCGCCGGUGGUGACGCCAGUUGCUGCGAAGACGAUAUCCCGCAGAUUGAGUUUGACGUGGCAGAUCUGGACGAUCCGUACUACACGGCGACUGACACGGUGCCAGAGGAAGAAAGCCUCACCACAAGCAGCGAAUCGCAGCGGACUCAGACGUUUGUCACUUGUUCUGGCAGCGACGAUCCCAGCUCGUCCAGAUUUCCGGAAAGUACGACAUCCAGCUCGGAAGGGACCUUGGAGCCGGAGACCGAAGUCCCAUCUUUGGAGAACGAACCUGAAACAUUUAACGUUCGUCCCGAACAUAGCUCUGCAAGUCCACUAUCGCCAGAAUUUUGGAUGGAGAAAACUAGCGGUGCGUCACCUACACUGUCUAACGUUAGUCCAAUCGACGAAAAACCUGAUAUAGAUGAAGACUUCACACAAUCGAAAGUUAUUAGUGGCAGUGAUGCUGGCCUUAUCUCGUUCAUUUCCUCAGCUGAUGAAAGCCUGCCAGGAAGCACAGCCAUACCUGACGAUUUCGUAUACAAGAAAGGCACGGAGGUACAAACUGAAGAAAAAGAUGUUGACUGCAGUGAGACACCCAUAAGGCUAACUGUUAUAAAAAAAACAUUGCCAUUCACGCAAAGCAGUUUUGGAAACAUGCACCAGUCUAAGCCUGGUGAAAGCUAUUGGGAGCACUUGCUGCCGUCUGUGCUCUCGGUGGAUGCAGAGGAUAAUCCGGAAAUUAUUGAUGUCAAAGAGUCAAUAAACCAGCAAUGUAAAAUGCCUGAGCUGAGUUCGGAUGACAGUAUUAACGCAAGCGUACCAUUGCACAAGCCGACAACUCAGGACAGCUCCCCGGACGACUCUCUAGAAAGCAUAGCGGAGUGCAGUGAAGAAGAACUGCGUGACGACUUCGAAAAGGCCGAUGUACCUGGUGAAGAGCGAAAUUCGCCAAUAGAUACACAACCGCCGCUCUCGACACUAAAUCAGCUGCAUACGAACGAGAAUUUUACUGAAGACACGGCGUUUGAAGAAGAAAAUGACAAUGAGAGUGCGGUUAAUUCAGGAGUGAAGGACGAACCGCAAUGUGUUGCAGAAGACGAUGGAGAAGACGCGCCUCCUGCAUUCAAUUUUAUCGUCGAGGACUACAGCGAAGAAAGUGAUUCCUGCAACGAGCCGGCCGUCGAAGAAAGCGCGGCGCCGUCUUGCGACUCACUGACCGUGGAAAGGUUGGUAAACAGUACCUCUAACGGUUCCAGUUCAACCGCUAGCUUUCAAACUGUGCUACAGUGCCCAAGUCCAACGACCGCCACAGCUGAGGAGAACGAUGCGGAAAAGGAGGACAUCGGAGAGACUGAGGCCCCAGAGGAGAUCGGUGGCCACGGGAUAGAUGAGCCGCCUGCGGAGGCCAGGGGAAGCCUCAACAGAGCGGAGUCUGCUUCGCUGUCGUCCUCUCAAGAGUCGCUGCAGGACACCGACGGUGGAGGAAGCUCACUGAUGCUCCACCGCUACUAUCACGUGUUUCGAGAGGGAGAACUCGACAGUUUGAUCGACAAGUACGUCGAAAACCUCCACAUAAUAUCUUCGUACUACGAUCGAGCCAGUUGGUGUGUGAUUGCUGAGAAAGUGCAGGUGUGGACAAUAUAGAACAAAUGAGCCCGAUCUCUCUACAAUGCGUUGUCUACAACGGGAACAUUGAAAAGGCAGGAACUGCGCAGCGUUGCUCGCCGUGGUGUGCCUGGAAAGCAGUGUUCUUUAUGACACUGGAGACGACAGUUGCCUGUUUUUCCAUUGCACACGUUGCUUUAUCUGAUCUCUAAAGGCUUGAAAAAAAUGGUUUAGGGUGUUGGUUGUAGGUAUUAAGAAACCUAAAGCGUUGUCACCGUGUGAGAUAUAUACAUCCGUACACACACUUAACGAGAAAAACAAGCUUCACAUUGGAAGCAGCCUUAUGCAGCCGGAAAUUAAGAAAUCAAUCAUUUGCAUAUUGUGACAGUUGUACAGCGUCCGUCAUAUUGUCAUAUGAGCAAGUGAGAGAUAUUUAACUGGUUUCAUACCACAAAAGCCUUCAUUAAACAUGGUGAAGACUUCUAGGUAGCUAUUCUGACUUUUUUUAGCGAGGCCAAACAUAAUAGAAUUAAAGCACAAAAGAAUAAAAAGUCUCCAGCAUACUGAUUAAUGGAAUGGAAGUGGCUCUGAGAAGAGACUAUGGUGGUCGAAGCGAAGAUGCUGAGGUCUUGCUCUUGCAGCGGUUAGCGCCGCUCCGUAAAACGCCCGGUCGUAACGCCUUUCAAAUAUGAAAGCCAAAAUUCUUGAAGUAUAUUUAAGAGGUAGCACGAUUAAAUUUGAACAGAAUGUUCAAGACAGGUGAAGUUAGAUGCGCAUGACGCCAUUAAGAGCGUUUUGGGAAAUUACGUCUUAUUCGAAUAACAGAGAGCUGAGCUAGCUGGUACGUAUUCAUUCUAAAAAGACGUAUUCUUUUUAGAAUGAAUACGUCUUAUUCGUUGCUAUCCAACGCACAUAGCGCUGCUAUUUGAGUAGCGCCGACGCUAGUGCCAAGAAUUGUGGCUCUGCGUGCUGCACGGAGGCGGUGAGAAAGGCUUGCGCACGAGGGCUUCGAAAACUUAGCACAGUACUCACAGCUUGCGAUUUCAUGGUCUCAACUCCACCUCGCUGGGGUAUGAAUGGUGACUGCAAAUUCGCACAAAAUGUGCCGGGCCUUAUUCCACGUAGCCGGAGCAGCUGGAACGUGAACUUAAGGAUCAAUAACGACGAUUACGGAAUACCAAAUGACACAACAACAGCGCAAGAAAGGAAAUAGGACUGUAGUUUUACUUCGCGGGCCUACUAAACUUGUCAAAUAUUUUCUCGUUUUUUGUUAAUAUCCCUUACGAGAUUUCCCUCACAAUUGGUUGACAUUUUUGCUUCGUAAUUAUUAUUGCUUGUCGGGAACAGUUCUCUUUAAAGUUCUGGUAUGUUCGCUUCGCCGCAUUCAUGUAACUCGACGCGUUUUUAUUACGUACCCACAUGUAAGUCCGCAGUUUUCUUUUUUUUCAGAGUGGUCAUUAUAUUUCGUGUUAUAUGCAAUGCGACGAGAAGAUUAGGAAACGAGGAAUUCUGACAAACCGGAUGAACGUCGCGAGGUUCUUUCAGCUCUAUAUAAUGCAAGGGGCGGGGAGAGGGUGUAUAUAUUAUAGCCUCAAAGAAAAUGCAUAUGCAUGUGAUCGUACAAGCAGUAGCACAAGCACGUAAUUUAAUGCUGAUGAACGAACAUAAAAACACUGGCAGAACAAACGCGACUGGAUAGUCGCACAAUAUAGUUGACACAAAGUUUGUUUCUUCUUUCCCGGUGAAAUACAUGUUUUCAUUUUGAAAUGUGAUAUUUUUUUACUUUUUAUAGGAAAUUGCAGAAAGCAUAUUUCCAGUGAUGAGGGUCAUACUUUCACUGUAAACGAAAAGACGGUACAUCUUUUCAUACACAACGCAAGGAAAUAAAAUAUUAGCAACCAGCCCUUAGUCCAGUUCACUGGCGUUUUAUACUGCAGAGUUUAUUUAAUUGUUCGUUGCUCUCAAUUAGUAAUGCAGUGGUGUUUGUUGUGCACAAGACGGACAGAGAUGCGGCGCAUAGCAAGUCAUUCCGAGUUGUUCUACGCUAAUAAAGGAUGAGUCCGACGCUCUUAAUAUAUUGGUCUGCGAGGGCUAAAGAUUUAGAAGUUGAACGUACGUUUCAAGAAAACGCAGCCGCACAGCGUAACUUUCAGCAGUCGUCCUGUAAACAAAUGUCGAAUAUCCAUCGUUCCAAUCGCUAGUACGACUACUAAUAUAGGCCGGCGCCUAUGUUGUAUUGCAUGAUAGUUAUGUGAACAGAUGGUUUGAUUGGCUGACGCAAUAUUUAUGCUCCACAACUAUGUCACCUAAAGAAGCAAGCUUGGUACUUACCAGGGAGGAAGAAGCGCUUCAGGGGCGUAGCCAAAAAUUUCUGAAUAAAGCUUAUUCAUUCAAUAAUUAUUUUUUGAGGAGGAGGGGGGAGAGGGUCCGACCUUAUAAUUGUUAAGGUUUAAACUCCCAAAACCACGAUAUGAUUAUGAGAGACGCCGUAGUGGAGGGCUCCGGAAAUUUCGACCACCUGAGGUUCUUUGACGUGCGCUUAAAUCUAAGUACACGGGCCUCAAGCAUUUUCGCCGCCAUCGAAAAUGCGCCCGCUGCGGUCGGUAUUCGAUCCCGCGACCUUCGGGUCAGCAGUGAAGCAUCAUAAUGAUUAGACCACCGUGGUGGCUGGGGGUCCGACCUCCCUGUAUGUAUGCUUGUGCAUGUGUUUGUAUGUGUGCGCGUAUACGAAACGUAAAAAUUUCGGGAAGGUGAGGGAGGGGCGGGUGCACCCCCGAUACCGCCACCCUGGUUGCGCCACUGAAGCACUUGAUGCAUUUCGGCGUUGAGUGUGUGUACGAAUGUAUAAGUGUGUCUGCUAGUUCCUUCCUCCAGACGUUGGACAUGAUUUACUACAUGGGUGCCCUAAGGCGCCUUCGGUGCUUCGCUUUCUUCCAAACCAGAAUUCAGACAGAGUUAGCACUGUUUACUACGGCCCAUCUAUCAUACUACUUAAAGCGUGCCUUUAAAUGGACCCUGCAACACUUAUUGAACAUUUUCAGGAAAUGCUGCCGAUUGAUAGUCGAUGCUCCUGCGAACAUGUGAGCCAAACAUCAUAGCGCAGCACGCGGCACGGAAUUUGCAACUAAUUUCAAAGUCAGCUAGAAAUCGCUCGCUCUUCUCUCAAAGAAUGAUGUCAUAUACCCAUAAUCAGUUGCGUCAUAUGCUAAGAAGCACAUGGACACGACAGUUGGCUGAUUUGAACAUCGAAGUUACCGCUGCCGCCGCAGUGUGCCGCCGCGACGCGCUCUACGGUGCUAUGAUUACACUAUAGAAUUACACCAGCGCUCUCGUGAUUACUCAAAAAGUGAACCGCGCCUUCAAAGAGAACGAGGAACGAAAGUGCUCAAGGUCAUGACGCGCGCUGACGUACGGACGCAUGUUCUUGCCCCAGGCUCGUAGCCAGGAAUUUUUUCGGGGGGGGGG